AUGUCCGAUUUAAAAUCUUUGGCCGCCACUUUAAUGCGAUAUAUCCAAAUGGAUUUGGAGUCUUUUGAGGAAGAUUAUCGUUCCUCUCCGGAAAGUUUUCAAUCGCUACCCGCACUCAAAUUCAAAAAACGUGAAUUAAGUGAUUUAUGGUCUAAAAUUGACCAUAAAUUCACUCAAAUUAGAGAAUCCGCAGAUUUACUCGAUCCAAAGAAGGCUGAAACAAUCAAUUUAACGGAAGUUGUGCAUCAUUUUAGAUCUGCCAGAAAUUUUUAUAGAACUAGUAUGAUCUCAAUAGAUGAAUCUAUUGAAGAGAUUACUAAGGCCAAUGAUACCCGAGCCUCAUUACCCGAACCCCCACAACCCAACAAUUCCGUAGCCUUCAAUGUACCUCCAUGCGAUAUGCCUACAUUUAAUGGAGAUUUUAAAUCUUGGGCUUCUUUCCGGGAUCUUUUUAAAGCCAUAUAUGGUAACAACACACGCUUAAGUGGAGUUGAAAAACUCUUCUAUCUUAAGCAAAAAACAAGCGGCGAAGCCAAAGAAAUCGUUGACAACGCACCCCUAACUAAUGAUGGCUUUCUCAUAGCGUGGACCCAACUCGUCUCUCAAUUUGAAAAUAGACGAAUGCAAAUCAAUGCGCAAUUGAAAACACUUUUUAAUUUACCCACAGUAAGCACCAUGUGCAGUGCUUCUAUAAGAAAGCUUCAGAGAAAGAUUAAUUGUUGUAUUGCUAAUUUAAAUUCAUUAGAAAUUGAUACGGAUAAUUGGGAUCCUAUCUUUGUAUAUCUUUGCUUAUCAAAAUUACCCAAAGAAACCCGAAGAGAGUUUGAAAAAACUCUCAAUGAUAGCGCUGAAAUGCCGCCUUGGACGAAUCUUGAUGUGUUCUUAACGAACACUUUUAAAGAACUUACAUCAGUAAACGAUGUUCCAGAUUCGAAUCCUAAUACCCACCCUAAAACCAAACAAUUUACUGAAACAAAAUAUAACCCUGACAGGAGAGCCAAAGCGUUUCACAAUGUAACCCAUUCUUCAAAGAAACCCCACCCAAACCCCAAACCUCAAAAUGAACAAAAAUUCUCUAACCCAAACCAUAUACCCAAUUCAAAUACCCAAAAGAAUGCAAAUGCCCAAAAUACCCAAAAGAAACCAAAUACCCAAAACACCCAAACUAAACUCUAUGGGUCCAUUUGCAAACUUUGUGAAAAGAAUCACACCCUAAGAGAAUGUUCUUCAUUUAAUUCUUUAGGAUUAAACCAAAGAAUUGAAUUUGUAAAUGAGAAUGGAAUUUGUUACAAUUGUUUAGCUACUGGACAUGUCAUAAAAGAUUGUUAUAGCGCAUUUAAGUGUAGAUAUUGCGGCGGUAAACAUAAUUCGCUUUUACACAAGCCGAACUCUAACCCUAACCCACAAGUUGAAAAUACUCAGGCGUCAACAUCACACAAUGCAGUACAGUCUUUCUCAACCCACACCCAAUCAAGCAAACCAAUACCCAUAGAUGACAGAACGAAGUUAUUAGGAACUGCAGUUCUGAACGUUGAUGUUCAAGAAGAACUAUUUCCAGCUAGAGCGCUUAUUGACCCAGCUUCAGACUUCUCGUUUAUCACAGAUAAACUGAGAAGGAAGUUAAAAUUACCCACUACACCCAUAGUUGCUGAAAUAUCAGGAUUGAAUGAAAUAGUUUCAGCUCGUUCGAAUAAAUUAUGUCAAGUUUUAUUGCGCUCUAACACACAAAAUGAAUUUAAAUUGAAUAUCCAAGCAAUUGUUGUUAAAACAUUAACCAAAAACUUACCCACCCAAAAUUUAAACCCCACCCUAAUACAAGACUUGGAAAAUAUUCAAUUGGCUGACCAAAAAUUCUACGAAAGUCGACCUAUAGACUUUAUUAUUGGCAGCGAUUUUUACCCACAGAUUUUAAAAUCUGGAGUCAGAAAAGACUUACUCAAUACCCUUAUAGCUCAGGAGACUGAGUUUGGCUGGAUUUUAACAGGACCCGUUCAGAAUUCGCAAAAUACCCAACCCUUAGUUUCUUACUUCAGUUCAGUAACGCUUGAUAAAGUUUUGACCAAGUUCUGGGAAAUUGAAGAUGUACCCACCCAACCCAAAGUUUCAGAAGAAAGUUCUUUAUGUGAAGAAACUUUCAAGACCACUACCCUUCGAUUGCCAAAUGGCCGUUAUCAGGUAAAUUUACCAUUUAUAUACCCUCCUGUUGAGUUAGGAAACUCUAGACACGUUGCUAUGGCUCAAUUUCUACGUAACGAGAAAAGUUUAAUGAAAAAGCCAGAGCUUAAAAUGGAAUAUGAUAACGUCCUACAAGAGUAUAUCGAUUUAGGUCAUAUGAAACCAAUUAAAUAUAACCCAAACAUUCCUUCAAACACCCAUUAUUAUUUACCCCAUCACGCUGUUGUUAAACUUGAUCGUGUUACGACAAAAGUUCGAGUUGUAUUUAAUGCAUCUAGCAAAACCUCGAACGGCAACAGUCUUAAUGAUACCCUACACACUGGUCCUACCCUACAACAAGAUUUAGUUGUACUUAUCUUGAAAUGGCGCUUUUACAAGAUAGUUUAUAAUGCCGACAUUACAAAAAUGUACCGGCAAAUUAUGCUAAACCCUACCCACACACCCUUCCAACGGAUAUUAUUCCGUAAAAGCGUCAACGAACCCAUUCAAGAUUAUGAACUGCAAACAGUUACAUUUGGUGUUAACUGUGCACCAUAUUUGGCUAUUAGAACCCUACACAAAUUAGCCGACGACAUUCAAAAUACCCACCCUAUAGCUUCGCAAAUUUUGCGAAACAACAUGUAUGUUGAUGAUGUCUUAGCCGGAGGUCACACAAUUGAAGAAGCUCAAAAAGCUCAAACCCAAUUGAUCGCGGCUCUAGACUCUGCUGGUUUUCCUUUGAGAAAAUGGAUUUCCAAUACAAAGGAAUUAUUACACAAUUUACCCGAAGAACAUCUACUAGAUGUUGAUUUACUCACCCUACCCGAAUCAAAUAAUGCUAAAACGUUAGGCAUUCGUUGGAACGCUAAGGAAGAUACGUUUUUCUUUAAUGUACCCUUAAUUGAAAGAAAAUCAGCAUACACAAAGCGAACUGUGUUAUCAGACAUUGCUCGUCUUUUUGACCCAGCUGGUUGGUUAGCGCCAAUUGUUAUAUCUGCCAAGAUUAUUAUGCAGCAAAUUUGGCAAGAUAAUACAGCUUGGGAUGAAUGUCUUAACCCACUCACCCUUAUAAAAUGGCAAAAGUUUUUGCAGUUCUACGAUAAUAUUAAUAGAAUUCGUAUUCCAAGAUGGAUUAACUUUUCACCUUCAGCAAAAAUUGAGUUUCAUGGUUUUUCAGAUGCUUCUGAAAAGGCAUACUCUGCAUGUCUAUAUGCACGAGUAACACCCAUAGACGGACCUAAUUCCGUAACCCUACUCUUCGCUAAGACGAGAGUUGCGCCAAUCAAAGUAAUCUCGUUACCAAAACUUGAACUUUGUGGUGCAGUGUUGUUGGCAAAUAUGACACACAAUGUACUCACCCAACUCAACCUACCCUUACAUCAGACGUAUUUCUGGACCGACUCAUCUAUAGUUUUGGCCUGGCUUAGUAAACACCCUAACUCGUGGAAUACAUUUGUGGCAAAAAGAGUUUCAACAAUUCUACAAACAGUAGGAGUAGAUAACUGGAAUCAUGUUGCUUCACACGAUAAUCCUGCCGAUGUUGCUAGCCGAGGAUGUAAUGCUGAUGAGUUAAAAGAUGACACUUUAUGGUGGAAUGGACCAUCGUGGUUGAAAGAAGUCGCGUCGAAGUGGCCAACAACAGAUAAACACUUUAUUACUCAAGCUGAAGCUAAAGUUAGUCAGUCGUUUACUACGACAGUUAAUACCCACCCUACCUUAGAUACGAAUACUGAAAACCCAGACAUAUUAUCAAGAUUUUCGAAAUUGUCAAAAGCUCUAAGAGUAAUGACAUAUGUCUAUCGAUUUUGUGAUCGCGCAUCAUAUACCCGAAGAAAUACAAUUCGAAAUGAUAGAGUUAUUCUUGAUCGAAAUAACCCACAACUAGUCAAUGAUAGACUACGUUUAUUAACUACCCACCCAAGUAUUGAACUUGAUGCGUCAGAGAUCAAAUCUACCCGUGAUAGACUUAUUAUUCUUUGUCAGACAGAAUAUUUCAACAACGAAUAUAACUGUUUGAAGAGAAAAUACCCUAUACCCAACAAAAGUGACCUGCUUACCCUAACUCCAUUUUUAGAUUCUGCAAUGAUAAUGCGUGCAAAUGGUAGACUAGCAAAUUCCAACAGUUUGUCCUAUUCCGAAAGACACCCAAUAUUAAUACCCUAUAAAAGUGCAUUUGCUAAAUUACUAGUACAACACGUCCACCUGGUAACCCUGCAUGGUGGAAAUCAACUUAUGUUGAGAAUAAUCCGAUCAGGAUAUUGGAUUCCGAAACUUAAGAAUCUGAUUAGUAAUGUUGUUAACAAAUGCUCACCCUGCAUAAGAUAUAGGAAUAGACAAACAACCCAAUUUAUGGCGGCGUUGCCACCAGAAAGAACCCAAAUAGAUAAAGCUUUUACAAAUGUUGGCGUUGAUUUUGCAGGACCAUUUGACGUCAAAGCAUAUAGUGGCAGAACUUGUAAAAUAACGAAAGGUUACGUUUGUGUUUUUGUUUGCUUUGCAACAAAAGCCAUCCACUUGGAGCCAACAUCUGAUUUGUCUACCCAAGCCUUUAUGGCAGCCUUCGCUCGAUUUUUUUCGAGGCGGGGAUGCCCUGUCGCCAUUUACUCGGACAAUGGGACAAAUUUCAUUGGAGCUAGUAAGCUAUUGAAGAAAGAGCGACAGGAAUUCAUCAGGCAAUUGAAAGGUUCCGUUAUAUCUACCAACAGUUUUCAGAAUUUGACGUGGCAUUUUAUACCCCCAGGUGCACCACACAUGGGCGGUUUAUGGGAGGCAGGAGUUAAAAGCUUUAAAGCUCAUUUGAAGAAAAUAAAUACCCUUAAAUAUACAUUUGAAGAGCUAGCUACACUCCUUGCUCGAAUAGAAGGAUGCCUAAACUCGAGACCCUUAAGCCCGUCAAGUGAAAACCCUCAGGAUCUUAACCCGUUAACCCCAGGACACUUUUUAAUUGGCUCACCCAUACUUACCCCUGCAGAACCCGACACAAGCAGUGAUAAUAUAACCCUGGCAAACAGAUGGCAAAAAUUAAGGAUACAACAUCACAACUUUUGUAAAAGAUGGAAAGAUGAAUAUCUUAAAGAGCUCCAUAAAAGAUAUAAGUGGAAAAACCCUACCCGAGAAGUUGAAAUAGGUGAUAUUGUAGUAAUUAGACAAGACAAUUUAGCACCCAAUGAAUGGUUACUUGGACGUGUGACCAAAACACACCCUGGUUCUGAUGGUAGAAAUAGAGUAGUUGACUUACAAACUUCAACUGGAACUCUAACACGACCAAUUACUAAAAUUGUUGUUUUACCCGCUAAUUAG